AAAAAAUGCUUUAAAUUACGGAAAUGUGAAGCACAAGAACUUAUUUAAAAAUUAGGUGACAAAAAAACUUGGCAUAUGGAAUGUGCAGUGAAACACACAAAUUUUUUUCCCAAAGCAGAUUUUUAAUUUCUCAAGUGUUCAGAGCAUCUGCCUUUACCAUGGGUUGCUCCUAUCAGGAAGAUCACAGGGAUAUAGAAAAAACCUUGUGUUCACAUUGAGUAGAAGAAAAUCUUUUUGAACAGAGCAAAUACAUAGUUCACAUGUCCAAUCAGCUCCUUGAACAGAAAUACUAAGGGCACAUUCAUAUAUUUAUCUACAUUUUGGCCAGGAAAUUUAACAAGGUAUUACCCCCACAAAAUUAGGGGUAAGAAAACAACCAUGUGGCAUUACCUAGUCACCUCAAUUCUGCAGAAAUGCUUGUAAGUGAGAAAUGAGGGCUCUUUGGGAGUUAGAGCCACAUCUUGAACAAAAAUUUCUGAAGGAAAGAAGCACAUAAUCCAGAUACAGUGUACAGCUUCAGAGCCAAACAGCUCAAUUUGCCAUCUCAAGGCCAGUAGGCAAUAAUUUCUGCUUCUGGAACAAAACACAGCACUUCUCAGUUCCAUUAUAGACAAUGUUUUCUUUGGACCCCAGGAAAGCUGCUUGGUUACUAUAGCAACAGAUACAGGGGAAAGCUUUUCAUUUGUAAAUGGCCACUCCUUUAAAAUCAUACAUGCUAUUUUUCCCAUAGCUUUUAAUAUGCAUCAAAUAAAGAGUAGAAUUAUGAAAGCCAAUAGAGUACAUAAGAGCACUUAAAAUAUACAUGUUGAUUUGAUAAUUUUACUAGUAAUGCUUUUCACCCAACCAAGUAUUUUAGAAAUAUUUACAAAAUAACACUCAAGUCUUACAAAAUAAUGAAUACAAAAAUCAUUCAACUGAUACAUCCCAAAUUGUCAAUAGUACAGCAAUUAUUCACCCCUUACUGUUUUAGUAUAACUGUACAAUGAAGGUUUAUGUUCUGGUAGGGAACACACAACAGAGUACAAUUUAAUUCACACAAGUCUGCUGCCUUGCUAAUGAAAUCAACACACUAAAUCAGAAUAAGCUUAAAUGAGACAAUUUUCACUAAUUGUUGACAACAAAGGUCUCAUAAUGGGAAAUGCAUGUACCUUGCAACAGGGUUGUAUUAAAAGCAAACCCACAUAACCUUUCCUCAAGAGGUAAUUUGCUCAUAGGGAACUAAAACCGAAGGAGAAUAUAUUACAAUUUCGUUAAAACAGACUGCUUGAGAUCAUACUGAGAUAGUUCUAAGCUAGCACUUUCAUAAUCUGAGUAUUCACUACUGUUUUAUCUGGCUACUACAAACAGAUGUGAGGUCUAACACCACAUAUGUGCAACUUGUAGUGCAGUCUUGUUUUGAUGAGAGUUUACUUUUGGCUCACUUCCAGCAGAAAACAACUACCCCUCUACACUAAUAGAGUGUAAAAAUUAUUUCUGUGCAAGAAGAGUUCAGCAGUAACUCCAUUCACACCAGGCUCACAAACAGAAUCACAAGACGCCCAAAGCCGGGUACAGAACAUAUCUGUAUAUUCUGAGUAUAGUGAGUAUAUCACCGCUGCAAAUGAGCAAGACCUUUCUCCCAGCAUCUUGAUUUCUCACACCAACUUGUUAAGGCCACUUCUCUGAUGUGCUGCAUUUACCAUGGAAGCCUUACCAGCAGCUUUAUUCCCUUAUUCUUUUAUACAGCCUUAUACAAAGGUAACAAGUUAGAGGAUAACCUAUGGAAGGCUAAAGCUAUUAGGAACAGAUAAGCAAAGCCCACAGUUAAAUAGAAGUGUCCUGCUGUUCCAAUUACAAAUUAAAAUAAAUUGCACAGUUCUUUUCUAGGAAAUUUAAACUCUUAAUAAGAUUAUCUGUGAUGAAAAAAAAAACAACAACUGACAAACAAGAAAACUCUCUGGCUUUCAGUGCAACUUAAAUGAUUCUUCCCCUAGUCUGUAAGGCUACAGUUUUUUGAUUCUCAAGAUUUUACUCCAUUUAAUCACUGCUCACAUUUUCCACCAUGGAACCUGCAUAUCAUUCUGUAUUUAGGACUAAGGGCUGCCGUCUGUUUUAUUCCAUAAUCUCUUUGCUUUCCCUUACUGAGUGUUUUUCAAACAAAACUCAUUAAACAAAGUACUCCUUUAUUCUCGGGUGGAUGGAACUAAGAGAGAGAACAAACAGCAGUAAUGCACUUGCUGUGGAGAACAGAAAAAAAAACAACAUUCCAAGAAAUUUUGUUAAUACAUGCCAAUGCAGUUUCAUAUGAGAAGGGAUAGUUGCAUUCAAGAGAAACUGCAUUUACCAGGACAUCUACAGUGAAGAAACUUAGACCUCACAACCAGCAGUAAGUCUUACACAAAUAGAAAUGAAACAUAACUGUAUUUUUAAUUACAACUGUAGUGCUUAUACUUGAAUUUAUCAUGUUUAACUUGGUUCACCCCAUUAAAUGUAAUGUGUGGCUACCAUUUGCAGUGUUUUUUGUUUAUGCUUGCGUGUUGUUAUAUACUGAUUUUUAAAAAGGAAGCAAUGAAAAAGGCUGAUUCAGAGUACUAAUAAUCUUUUUCAGAAUAUGAAUGAGUUUUUGAAUGAGUUUUCAGCUACCCAGAUCUGUCAGUUCCUUCUGUAAAAGGAAGUUAAGCCAUCUUUCCCAUGAGCCUGUACAGCAAAUUAUAUGUAUUUGCCAGAACAUCUCUUCCCAGCCUGAACAAACUGAAGGGAUUUCAAAAUAGGCAGGUCUUUGAAAUUAGAUUUUAACAAUGAGUAGCUGCUAAUAUUUUCACCUUAACUUUAAGCAUUUUUAAUAUAUAUAUGCUGGCAGAGUUAGCACUUCCUUGAACUAUUACCUGAAAUAAAUACAAUAUAAAAAGAUUAGAGUAUAAAUAUAUAAUUAUAUAGAGCAAAUAAUAAUAUAUAUUAUAAUAGAGAAUAACAGUAUUAUACUUAAAAAGGAUAAAUACAUAAAUUAGUUCAGAAAUGCCACUAAAAACUGACAGAAUACAUAUUGAUCAAAACCUUUUUGUCUUAUACAUAAUGAACUGAAACAAGAGUACAAUGCUACAGAUAUUUUGUAUUCCCCUUAUUUUAAUAUUAUGCCUUAUUAUUAUGGCUUUUCAAAAAAGUUCUAAUGCUGAAGACCAAUUUUAAUAUCAUUGUACAUAUUUAGAUUGAAAGUCUGGAUCAUGCUUUCUAAGACAAAAGCCUGCCCUUUGUCUACCACUGAUAAAAGACAAAACCUGCCAAUUAUACAGCCCCGUGCAAAAGGCAAAGCAGGGUACCACUUUCUAAUCCUCCUCUCAGAGGUUUCAAUCCACUGCUCUGCAUCUGCAAUCCCAACACUCCAGCUGAGGCGACAGCAACAUUCUGUCUUCCCAGCUGCACAGUUAUCAUACUGCCCAAAACAUUCUCAUCUGUCAAAUAAAACUAGACUCUUUAUAAAGAAUAGCAAGGAGCUUUUUAAAUAAUUUUCUUAAACUGCCACUUCUGGCAGUUUUGCCAAAUGGCAAAUUUACAAAUUAUUUCAGACAGGUGACUGAUUCAGAAAAUGGCACUUCCACAAAAAAAAAAAAUUUAGUAGCAGAAUAAGAUCACAUUCAUUCUUAUGACUUCCUAAAUACUGCUGCUCUAAGUCAAGGAAUGUAAAUAAGUGAAAAUAAAAACCUGGUAGGUUUAAAUAAAAAUGAAAUAAAAUAUUGAUUAAGAAAAGUCAGGUGACUAAUUGUGAAAAUGCAAAAACUAAAUUCCAUUUUAUCUUCUUCCAAAGCCAAGUAUUUUGUAACACUUAUUAAAAAUAUGAACAGGUAAUAUUUAAAAAACAGAAAUAAGGGGUUACCCUUAAUCAUAAUUUAAAUAACAGACAGUACAACAGCGCCCAUUGUUAUAAAAAAGUCAACAGACUACAGCUAUCAACACACUUAAACAAGGUACAUGAAGAGUACAAUGUAUUUUCUACCAGGGUGUUUUCCUACCACAAUGAUGACUUCUAAUCUGCAAGUUUCUAGUGUUCCAUUUACAAUGUGUAUUUGCCUAGUAAGCCUGCAAUUUGUAUGCUAUUACCAAAACCAACUGCAGCAAAGUAAGUUUUGCUUGAUGGCUUGCAAUCAUGUCUGAAAGGGCAGCAGCUCCUUUUUACAAGCAAUUCUAAAGCACUGUCCAUUUGCCAUCAUCUCUGUUCAAGUACCUUGUGUACAGCAGCUCAGCUGCUGCAGGGUCAUAUUGAGAUAUUCAUUCAGAUAGCUCUAAUUUUAAAUGCAAGCUUUUUUUGUUUGCUGAUUUCUUUUCCUUUCCCCCUCGAACUUCUCCUCCCCCCCCUUUCCUCCCUGUUGCACAGACGGCCACAGCUUGGCUACGAAGCUCCCAGUUACUCAUUUCCAGGAGAGAAAAGGCAGACAAAAGGUGACAGAAGAUAAGCAUCAUGGCAUCAGCAAGCCUGCAGUUCUUUGCUUUUAUUCUGGCUUUGUUUGGCAGUUUUGGAGAUAUCGCAGCCACCUUGCUCCCAAACUGGAAGGUAAAUGCAGACGUUGGCUCCAAUAUCAUAACAGCUAUAACACAGAUGCAAGGACUUUGGAUGGACUGCACAUGGUACAGCACUGGGAUGUUCAGCUGUACCCUGAAAUACUCCAUUCUCUCUCUCCCCGUCUACAUCCAGGCUGCACGGACCACCAUGGUACUGUCGUGUAUCCUAUCAGCCUUUGGGAUCUGCAUCACUACAGUCGGAAUGAAAUGCACAAGGCUGGGAGGGGACACGGACAGCAAAAAUAACGCUUGUUUUGCUGGAGGAAUCUGCUUCAUUCUCGCAGGAAUCUUUGGAUUAGUACCAACGUGCUGGUACACGAGAGAAAUUAUUUUGAAUUUCCUGGACCAGACCAUUCCAGAGAGUAGUAAACAUGAGCCGGGAGGAGCAGUUUAUACUGGAUUCAUCUCAGCAGGGUUUCUGCUUAUCGCAGGUGUAAUCUUCUGCUCUUCCUGUUUUAAAAGGCAGCAAGGAGCAUGGAUUUACCCUCCAAAGCAGCACCAUUUUCCAUCCACAGAGCAGGAGAGCAAUGCAGGUUACAGCCUGAAGGACUAUGUAUAAAUAGUUAUUGCUAUCCAUUGAAGUACUUCUAUUCAUUUCAAGGGGUUUUUUGUGUGUUGAGUGUAAUUUGGUUAUUUCAAUGAAUGUGUAACGUAGCACUUAAUCUUUCCUGUAUCUGGGUUGCAUUUAUGCUUAUGCAAGGUAUUUCAUUUAUAGGGGCAUCCACAAAAAGGAAAGAGUAAGAGAAGUACUUGUCUGCUACAAGAGUACUUAAUUUUGUUGAUUUUUCAAACCCUUCUUUCUGACUUCCCAAGUUACACUUAUUGAAGAACAAAGAACUAUUUUAAAAACAUAAUUGACUGUACAAUUUAUGCAUCGAUGUCUUGUUACAGCAAAGAUGAUUAAAAACUAACUGCUUUCUGUUUAGUCAAUCAGACUUUCAAUAACAUAUGAUAUUUUAUAGUGUAUUUUACAUUUUAAUCUUAAUUUUAUUUAUGAUGCAAGGAAAAAACCCAUAAACUAUUUGUCCAAGAAGCCCAAUUCAAAGGUUUUUAAAAACAGACUCAUCUGCCUUUCACUUUCAAUCCUAAAUUGCCUUGGUAACUAGAUUUUGUUAAAAAAAUAAAAAAUACAAAAAAAUCAACCAACCAAAACAAAUCCACAACAAAAGCUCAAGGCUCCAAACUUUAGCUGCACUGUAUACUCUGCAUAUCAGCCUGAAGGAUCAGCAGCACCAUUCAGCUUCUGCCAAACCCAGCUCCUCCGGCCCCAAACUGCCACCUGCUGUGGGUUUCAUUUAUUAUUGUUACAGGAAAGUCUGCUGGACAGUCACCAACUGCUACUAAUCUAUCGCUACACAGUGAAUGCUAGAGAUGAGGAGCAACACAACAAGAGAAAUGUAAUCAUAACUGUGAAAACACCUGCAAACUGUAACAAACAGGGUAGAACCAAAUUAUCUAUGUUCAAGAAACAUUUGUAAACAUUCUGGCUUACACUUGCUAAAGGCAGUUAUUAACAGCUCAAAUAACACAGUAACCACUUACUGCCUUCUACAUUUAUGACCUUCUGAAAGAACCUUUUAAGUAAUUUUAAUUAUUCCUGUAGGACCUGUUCCAGGCCCACUCCCCGGUAUUCUAUUACUGUAAAAUAUACUAUAAAAUAGUGAUAAAGAGACACCUUCUUUAUUUUUUUUAACUGCCUUAUUUUGAAUAAUUACCUUAAAUCCUUUAACCUUUUCUUUCACCACACUGAUUUUGUUUUGUAUUGGUCAUUGGCAAAGUAUGUUCUACCUAAAUAUUUCCCUAAGUGAGAACCAAAUCAAGAAUGAAAACAGGUAUGAUACAUGCCUUUAAAUUUAGAAAUGUGAGGCUGGAUGAGUCUCUCAAUAAAAUCAACUGCUAUUUAUUCUGCAUAUUGAUACACAACUUUCAUUUCCCGCAGUACUAGUCUGAAAUUUGCUAAAAGACUGGGAAGGAGCCUGAACAUAAAAUGUUUGGUAUGUUGGAAAAAGAUGUUACAUUACAGCAUUUGGUAAACUGGACUGUUUUAUGGACUCAUGUAAACAGUCUUUAUUCAUAGAGAGUCUUCAUUUUUCACACACAGUAUGGCAUUACAUCUUGUUUUUAUUCUACUGUUACAUACCUAUUUUGAGUUUCCUAUGUUUUAAUCAAGGAGCUUGAUUUGUCCUAUUUCUAAUGCAACUAUCAGCAGUUAUCAGGUAUUGCAGAGAUUUCAUUAUAACCAAAAAGCCAAUUUCUUUUUUUCCUAGACACAAUGUUGUGCAGCACCAUUCCAUUAACCAAGAAUCUUUUAUGUCUCAACACUCACAGAAAUGUUGAAAUAAUAUUCAUGCACUGAGCAAAUGAAGUAAACAACUUCUCACAAACAAGCAUCUCCACCUUCUGAAAGGGGUUUGACAUGACACUAAGCCUUGAUCACUACCAUGUAAGUGAGUUAAAUCUGUUAAAUCUAUUACAAAAAAUUAUAAUCAAGAGGCAUUUUUACAGGAGGGUGUAAGAAAAAGGUAAUAAUGGCAUACCACGAGCACAACAAAAAAUUCAUUGGUACACAUAAUGCAAAUUUUUCUUUCUGAAACUUUAGAUAAAGUAGCUGUACUUCAUAUAGCUAUGAACCAAAAUCAAGGAUGGAGCCAUUUCAUUCACACUACACUGCAAGGGAUUUCCAAUAAAACAGAUUCUAUGAGAAAAGAUAAAACCAUGUCACUCAACAGCUUAAAGAACAAGGACAAAACACAGGAUCAGUCUACAAUAUGUGUGUAAAGGAAACAAAAUAAUAGUGAAAACAGGUGCUAGUUCUGUCUGAAAGAAUUCUACUUUCUGCUUUUGCAAUAUAAGCAAUACUUGUUUUAACUCAAAAAAUAUAUUAAAUAAAAAUAUGCCUGCCUUUAGUUGUACUGCUUUUUUUAUUCAACAGAGCACCAGCUCCCUCUAAGAUGUGUUUAUAUGAAGGUAUUUGUCAUAACUCUGUGUGUUACCUCUCUUGGUCAACUACAGCCUUUUCAGUACAGGAAAAUGGAAACAUCAGUUAGAGCUUCCCAAUUCUGGGACACAGUCUGCACAAGACUUUUAACUACAUUAGCAUUAUUACUACUCAAGUUGUACCCACCACUGAAAAAUACCCACCAUAAAACUGGAAUUUUAGCCUUACUUAAAACUAUUUCAUGUAUUUGACAGUGGGAGGGCAUCCUGAAAUUAUUUUCCAUUCAGACAGGGAACAGGGGAAAAAAAAACCUAAGCCAAAACUGCAAAGCAAAAAAUAAGAUUUCUUAAACACGGUCAUUUUCUUUCACACCAGAUUUCCGUAAUUUAACAUGUUUGAAUAGUUACUUGCUCAAAAAAUACUAACAGAAUUUUAGGAAUUUUAACAGAACUAUACCCAGAUAGAGGUCUUAAAAUUCAUUGUGAUAAACGAGAAAAUUACCUUCCAAAGGUUCUCAAGAGAUAUGCCAGAAAAGUAAAAAGGAUCAAGAGAGGGACACUGAUAAAGGGGAAGGGAGAUGUAUUGAAGAGCUGAACCAACCUAUUUAAGAGGAACUUUCAGAAGCUGCAAGUUCAUUUCUGAAACAGAACAGCAGUUUGAUAGGACAAGAAUUAAUGGUUUUAAACUCCCAGAGGGUUGAUUUAAAUUAGACGUAAGGAAGAAACUUUUUACAAUGAGGCUGGUAAAACACAGACAUGUUGUCCAGAGAGAUGGUGGAUGCCCCAUCCCUGGAAACAUUCAAGAUCACAUUGGACAGAGCUCCAAGCAAUGUCAUGUAGUUGAAGAUGUUCCUGCUCAUUGCAUGGGAAUGGUACUAAAUGACCUUCCUUCCAACCCAAAUACUUCUAUAAGCCUAUGAUUUCCACAUGAAAUCACUUAAAGUCAGGCACAAAUUUUUACAAAAAAAUCUAAACCAAAACAAAACUAGCCUCUUGUCUAAAAUACUGAAUUAUUUCUUAAUUUUUGAUUCCUGUACUCAUAAUGGCUAUUAAUAAAAAACAGUGGCAGUAGAUAAGAGGACAACAAAGUGAUUGUUCUUUACUCACAUAGGAACACAUAAGAGGGAGAAAAGAUUGCUACUUUUUUAAACAAUCAGUGGGAUACAGCUGACAAAGUACUGUAGCAAAUAGGAGGGAGUAAAAUAUGCUAAAGCUGACUGGGGUGAAACAUCAAGAUUAUAGACAUGGUAAAAUUAGAGAUGUUUGACAAAGGUGACAAAUGAAAAGCUUUUCUUAUCACAGUUUUUCAAAGACCCAUCAAAUUCUAAAGGCAAAUUCCCAAACUGUUUAUAAAUGCAUGCAAAAAAUACUCCAAUCCUAGCAGACUAUCCUGACAUUAAAUCCUAAUCUCCCUCUCCUGAACACCCAAAGAAGUAUGCUGACCUUGCAGAUAGGUUUGAAGGUCAAAGCCAAGUUCUGAGGAACAAAAAAAACCAAACCAAAACAAAACAAAAAAGCACUUUGUCAGAAUAAGCAUGCCUCCUUUACAUGAAUUUCACAUCACUCCACUUCGUAAUAUGGAAAUGUUCAAAUAGAGCAGCCAGCAAUGUUCCUUAGUGAAAAUAAGAUACAUUGCUUGACUGACAUAUUA